AUGAAUGGUGUCCUAUACAUCACAUUUACAGUCAUUCUGAGUGUGGAAGUUAUAAUUGGCAACUUUGGCAAUGGAAUCAUAGCACUGGUGAACAUCAUGGACUUGGCUAAGAGAAGAAAAAUCUCUUCAGUGGAUCAGAUCCUUACUGCCCUGGCCAUUUCUAGAAUUGUGCUUCUGUGGUUAGUAUUAGUGAGUUGGUGGCUAUCUAUGUUCUACCCAGGACAAUGGAUGACUGAAGGAAUAGAUGUCAUAGUACAUAAUGUAUGGACAACAUUGAACCAGAUUAGUCUCUGGCUUGCUACAAGUUUCAGCGUCUUUUGUUUCCUCAAGGUAGCAAAUUUUUCCAACACUAUUUUCUUUUAUUUAAAGAUCAGAGUUAAAAAAGUAAUGACAGGGACAUUGAUAAUGUUUUUGCUUCUCUUGGGCUUAAAUAUUAUAGUUAUUAAUGCAUCUAAGACCAUUCUAAUCCCUGAAUACAAAGUAAAUAUGUCAAACAGUUUGAAUUUGAAGAACACACAGAUUUCUAUGCUGUUUCCAUUUGCCAACACCUUGUUUGGGUUCAUACCUUUUGCUGUGUCUCUGGUCACCUUCCUCCUGCUAUUCUUCUCCCUGUGGAAGCAUCAGAGGAAGAUGCACCACGGUGCCCAAGGAUGCAGAGAUUCUAGCACCAAGGCCCACAUCAGAGUCUUGCAGACACUGAUUGCCUCCAUCCUCCUGUAUUUCGUUUUCUUUCUGUCUCUUGUUGUCAAGGUUUGGAUUUCUCUUUUUUUGGAGAGAAUGCUUUUGCUUUUGAUUACACAGGCUGCAAAAAUUGCGUUUCCCUCACUGCACCCCUGGGUCCUGAUCCUGGGCAAUGCUAAACUCAGAAAGGCUUCUCUCUCUGCACUCCAGUGGCUGAGGUGCAGGCACAAGGAUGAACACCGUAGAGUGCAGAGACCUGAGGUUCAUUCAUGUGGAUCAUCUUGCAUGCCUUAG